UUGAUGUCUUUGAGAAAUGAGUGAAUAGUACAAACCGCCGUAACAAAAUCGCAUGGCUAGAAGUUCCAAAUAUCUUUGAAGUGCUCAUUUUAAAGAGCCUGAGGGCUCCUAGAUUACUUUUUCACGAUUUUACAAAAACUAAACUGGUAUCAACAACAUCAUUAAUCAUUUGAUAUUAUUAGAACAACUCUAAUUGUCACAACACUUAAGCAAAAAGAAUACGAGGAUCCAAAAGUGGAUAAGCUUUCAAAGUAUCAAAGGAUACAUCCAAAAUGACCAACGAGACGCGAGACGCCGUCAGCAAUGUCGAGACUGAGUUUCUCGAAAUGAACUCUCAAGAAGCUUGGAUUGGUUUUUAUCAACAUAUUCGUAAUGAAUGCAGUGAUUUUGACUAUGUCUGUGAGGAGUCUAAGAAGCCUCAAAACAAGACUCUUAAUAGAUACAGAGAUGUAGCACCUUAUGAUCACACCAGAGUGGUAUUAAAAAAAGGAACAUGUGAUUAUAUUAAUGCUAAUCUUGUUAAGAUGGAUCGAGCUCACAGACAAUACAUUUUGACUCAAGGCCCUCUUCCAUGCACAGCUGGUCAUUUCUGGCUCAUGGUUUGGGAGCAGAAUUCAAAAGCAAUUCUUAUGCUUAAUAAAGUAAUCGAAAAAGAUCAAUUAAAGUGUCAUCAGUAUUGGCCCCUUGGAAACUCAUCAAACAAUAACUCUAUGACAUUUUCUGACGUUAAUAUGAAAGUAGAUUUCGUCAGUAAAAUUCAAUCUUCAGACUAUACAACUUCUACAUUAAGACUGACAGAUUUGGAUACAAAUGAGAGUAGAGAGAUUUUACAUUUCCACUACACAACAUGGCCGGAUUUUGGAGUACCACAAAGUCCAACUGCUUUUCUACGUUUCUUAGUUGAUGUUAGAAAAUCUGGUGCUCUUGAUUCCAAUGUUGGACCACCAAUUGUUCAUUGCUCAGCUGGAAUUGGCAGAUCAGGAACUUUUUGUCUUGUUGAUACAUGUCUUGUUCUGAUUGAAAAAAAUGGACUUAACUCAGUUAAUAUCAGAGGAGUUCUUGUAGAAAUGAGGAAAUCAAGGAUGGGGUUAAUCCAGACUCCGGAUCAACUAAGAUUUUCUUAUGCUGCCAUAAUCGAGGGAGCAAAGCAAUUGCCUUCCAAUAACGUGAACGUUGACAGCAACGAAAUAGUGAAUCAUUAUGACGUUGUAACCAACGACAUGUUAAAUAAUUCAUUAGUAGAGGAUGAUGAUGAACCGCCACCCCUACCACCCCCAAGAGGAGAUUCUUUAACAAGGAGUAUGAUGUCUGAUUUAACACCUAGCCCUGAUACAGAAAAUGAAAAUGGAACUGGUCCUCCAAAUAAACCAUUGCCAAUGGAGCCACAAUCAACAGCAGAACAUAAUAAUAAAAAUUCAUCAUUGAACAAUACUAAUAAUAUUCAUGAAAAUAAUAUUAAAGAUAUCAUGAAUGAGAAGAAUAACGAUAAUGAUAAUUCAUUAUUCAUAAAUAGUUCUUCACACGGUGAUUCUUCUGAUACGAAAAAUGAGUUACGCCAUCGUCACCACGACAAGAAGGAACGACUGGCAGCACAAGUGCGAGAUAUGAAACGACGACAACAGCAAACGGAAAACUGGCAAAAUUUCAAGAGGUCAUUAUUCAAGCCUGUAACAAUAGGAAUAGGUAUAAUAGGUGGGGGUGUUAUCGCGAUCUGUGGUUAUUUCUAUUUUCGGGGCUAAAUCAUAAAAAUUAUAUUCUUUUAAAAAAUGACAAAAAAACCAUAAAAACAGCCGAAAAUGAAAAAAAAUGGUUUCGUGGAUCAAAUUAAAUCGAGCUUUCAUUUAUUUGGAUAAAAACACCUACAAAAGAUCAUACAAUGAAUACCCAGAAAAAACAAAAUAGAAAUUUUCGAUAAAAGAAAAAAUGAUUUCAACUAAUUGUGAUCCACGUAUUUGAGUGAAUAUGAAUAAAAGGGAGGAACUGAAAUAGAAAAGAAAUAGAAGGACAUGAUAAAAUGAAAAGAUAACGGAGUUUACGAACGCAAAAGUAAGAAUUUUCGUGUUUGUAUUUUUGUAUUGUGAUCCGUAUGAGUCUGUAGAGUAUGUAGAGAGUAGUUAUUUUCUACAGAUGAUUUUCUCUUCAAGUAAUUGAACAAUUAACAAUAAUUAUUAAUCUUAAAAGAAAAGGAAUUCUUUCGCGCACGAAUAAAAACAUUUUUAUAGUUUUAUAAUCAAUGAAAUAUUUUUUUUAGUAAUUUCGGAGUAUAGAAUUCGUGAUUAUUUUUUUAUGCCACAUAAAACAUAUUAGUUCGUGCUAUUUUUUUAUUACCAUAUUCAAUUGAUUUCAA